AUGAAAUUUCACUUUUCUAUUAUACUUUUAAUUGUAAUAAUAAUCAUUGCCGUCAGUUCUGGUGUGAUGGGAUAUGAUCCAACAGCCAAACCAUACGAACCACCAAAAUACAUAUUUUCACCUCACAUGACUAGAGAAGAGGCCGCAGCAAUGAGUGAACUCGCAAGAAAUACUGGAUGGUCCCAGGUGUAUAUGCCAUAUCGUGGAAGCUAUGCUCCAACUAAUCAACCACAUCCUCCAACCCCCACUCCAACCCAAUUCUUUCCUCAACCAUUUCCAAUCAAUUUCCAUGAUUUUGUACAAACAAACUAUGUAAACAACAAGAGAGAGGCGGCAAACAGAAGUCAUUUGCAGCGAAAUGUUUGUUUGCUUCGUAUGGCCAAGGCACAUCUUGCAGACAUGAACAUUUUCAUUGGUCCAUUGGUCUACAAUGAUGCCCAAGUCAUGUACAAGUAUCUAGACGAUCCAAGUGCAGUGGAACUCAUGUUGUCUGAGAAAUUCAAAAGUGUUGGGUUUGCUGCCAAAUACGAUACCACAUCUGGCAACUACAUGUGGGUUCAAAUUUAUACAGAUGGUACUUGUGAUUUAGAUCCUGAAGGUUCAGACUAUGAUCCAAUCUAUUCCUAA